GAAGGAUGGGAGGCUGAGCGCACAGGACGGACAGGUGAAGACAGGUGUGGCUUCAAGAUGAAUCAACUUGUGGUUAUCGUUGCGACACUCUUUGUCCCCACUACAUAUGGUGCUGCAGGCGGUUUGUGGUGUUACCAUGAUCCUAGUUGUGAUGACACCACUUGGUCUGCCAUUGUCACUGAACAUUGCAAUGGAUCCCGUCAGUCUCCCAUCAACAUCGUCUCUGCAUCAGCAGUGGGCGAUGAAACCCUGACUGCCUUCACUUUCACUAAAUACGGAGACAACUCCACAAUGAACAAGAUCAAGAACACUGGCAAAACUGUCAAAGUGACGCUCACGAGUGGUGUCCAGGUUACAGGUGGGGCACUGUCUGAGGCCUAUGACAGCCUGCAGUUUCACCUCCACUGGGGGAAUGGUACCUCUGUACCUGGGUCGGAGCACACAGUGGAUGGAACACGCUACCCCAUGGAGAUGCACAUAGUAAAUGCCAAGUCUUCGCUCAAUGGCAAUACGACCGCGGCCGUUGCAGACGACACGGGACUCGCUGUUCUUGGCUUCUUCAUAAAGGCCAUGCCGAGUAAUGUGACUGGUUCACCAGCAGCCUGGAAUACUCUGACAUCAUACUUGGCCAACAUCACACUAAAAGAUGAGUAUAUAAACAUUACUCAUGAUGCUUUUUCAUUGGAUGAGCUCCUGGAAGGGGUGGACCGCACUAAAUACUACCGUUACCUUGGAUCCCUGACCACUCCAAACUGCAAUGAGGCUGUGGUGUGGACCGUGUUCAAGGACCCCAUCAAAGUCAGCCAGGAUUUGAUUGAUCUCUUCAGCACAACAGUGCACAUUGACCACAACUCCACCUCUGACUUGAUGACCAACGUCUUCAGGAACAUCCAGCCUGUCAACGACUGGGUGGUGACGACCCAGGGCCAUCCAGCGUCGGGAGCCUCCACAAUGUGCUCCUCUCUGGGCCUAAUGGCCCUGGCCUGGAUGCUGCUGAGGGUUUAGUGACGGCUAGUAACGCCUCACCUGAAGUGCACUACCAUACAUACAUCGAUUACCAACGGGGUUCACUUUGAUCCAAGGAGAAACUAUUUGUUAAAGCAACAAUUAUAGAAAAAUAUCAACUUAUUUAUUAUCCAAACAUCAUUAGACAUGUAAUUAAUCUGAAAAAGAAAAAUGACCGAAACAGACUUAUUUUAACAAAAUUACAGUACAUUUUAAUGUACCGUAUAAUGAAAAAAUAUGUAAUGUGCAUUUCUUUUCCAAAAUUCAACCCACAAUACUAAGAAGCUAAUUGACCAUAAUUUGAUUAAAGUAUCAUUUAGUUUUCUGAACUUUGAAGUAAAUAUUAAUGCUGUCAUAUUUAUGUAGUUAAAGCCACUGCCAUUUAAAGAGACAGUACAUCAGUUCACUUCAAAACGUGAUUCUGAGAGCCAACUUUUUGGAUGACUUUAUUGGAAGAUUUUUAUAUGCACAAAAUAAGGUCAUUUUGGUUUUGUACACAGUCUUAUGAUACGUGGUAUAGAAAAGUAUAAUCUUAGGUGAGUACGUGGAUAGCUAUAUCUAGGCAGUUGAUCUGUCUUACUGGUCAAAAUAAUUGUUACAGGUCCCCCUCCGCCCUCUGGUGGUAUGAAUAACUUGUAAUUAAAGAAUGUCGACAGAAAAACCUUGAUAAAAAAUGAUUCCUAUUUAUCAAAUUACAAUAGGCGGAAUUGUGUGUUUUGGGCUGGGUUCAAAUCAGUUACUGAGGAUUAAAGGGAUGUUGACAUGGUGUCUGCCUUAGAAUGACAAGACAAUUGAUGAACAUUGACAAACGGCCAUUCCUUUAGUCAAUGCAGUUUUACCAGUUGUCGUGAAAGGUCAUUGUAUGUCAACAGCAGUAUAGAAGAAUGAGGGCGGUGGUAGACUUAGGUGGUAUACCUGAAUGCAUGUCUCAGUGUGCCUACAUUACUUUUCCACAUGUACACUAUUGCCUCAAUGAAUUCUGUAUAUUUAGUAACGCUGAAUUUGUAACCAGGUGGGAGGUGGGAACUUACCAGUUGUGAAGUAGUAAAUACCAUUUAGAUGAAUUCAUGUCCUUUGAACUCAUUGAAAAAUCCCAAUUGGCAAAUGGCCAACCAUCUGUGUCAACCAACAAAUUGUAAACAAAUUAUAGAGUAAAAAAAGAAACAUUAAUAGAUUGCUUUUUGUUGUUAUAUUU